UUUACGUUACGUGUACGUUGCCAAAUACAGUCGUGUGAAAGGCGCAUUGUUGCUUCAGUUUUACUUUGUCAAGAUUUUGCUCCUAUUGUCAUGGUGCGGUGUUGAGUGUUUUGCUUUCCCCGUCCCUAUAGUAUGAGGUGGCAGCCCUGGAAACUGUUUAACUGUCUCUCACUUUGAGACGGCUGCAUUGCAACAUGGCAGUUGAGGUCUGUUUAUUUAAUGGCGCUGUCACCUUAUUUUAUAGUAGAUGAUUAAUUUUGCCUCUAGUGGUGGGAAUCUGAAGGGUGAGCCAAGUCGUGAAACUAAACCAUUUUGGUUCACCACUCGCUUCAAGUGUCUAUAAAACUAGAGUAAGAAGAGCCAAUAUGGCGAACACAGGGGUUACAGUUUCCGCGCCACUUCUCCCUUACUAACCUUGCUUCACAGAGACACGAAGCCCCCUCUAGUGGAUACAGCUCGGACCUGCGUCCCCACCAGCUCAGCUCUGGCGGUGAGAGUGAGGAAUGUCUCCCGCCGUGGCUCUGCUGCUGCUCUUCUUGUUUUGUCAGAGCAGAGAAAUCCGAGGGAGAGGAACGAGCCGCCAUUUUCCGAGCGUCGCUCUCUCUGAAACAACAAAAAAAAUACGCCAGUUUAACCGGGAAAAGCCAGCCGGAGCCGGACAGGAACGUGCUGGAAAGAAAGGCACGCGUUUAAGAAUAUUGAAACCCGAACAGAGCCGGAUCGGAAAGGACCCACUUUAUUGUUCUGAAUAUUUUAAGGCUGUUUCUGACUCGUUGUUGUUUCGCCCAUUUCGUGAAUCUGAGAGAAACACGGGUCUGCGAAAACCCGGACCGGGUUCACCGGAAACCGGAGCCCACCCGAACCGGAUUCCGUUAAAAGGGUGUUAACCCUGAAAUUUAUAUAUUUAUUCAUAUUUUGGCUUUCUGCUUUUCAUUUUCUCCAAACGGCGGGGAUUUGUUGCUGAAAUUCUCCCGGACUCUGCGCCUGUCACGUGGCUGUCCUCUGCCGAGGCAGUAAGUGGGUGGUGUGGAGCUGGCCUCGGCACUGGGAAAGGCCACAGCGCCCGUCUCUCUGCACUGCAUGGCUGCAAUGGCUCCCGCUCUUACCGACGCGCCAGCCGAAGCUCACCACAUCCGCUUCAAACUGGCUUCCCCGUCCUCCACCUUCUCCCCGGGCAGUGUGGAAAACAACAGCAACGCCAACAACAUCCUGAUCUCCAGCAACGGCACCAGCAAGCACAAGGCCAUCGUCUCCUCUGCGGAAGAGCGCACCCUCGACUUCCGGGGCAACCCCAAGAAGGAGGAGCAGCAGCGGGGCAAACUGCAGCCGCUGGUGGCCUCUUAUCUCUGUUCUGAUGUGACUUCGGUCGCCACAACCAAGGAAUCUAGGAAACUGCAAGGAGUCAUUAUUAAACAGAAGGUCCUCAAAUCGCACUCUCUUCUGACCCCACCCACCAUCUUCAACAGCAGUGACAUCCGGGCCGAGCUGCUUGCCAGGCAGCACCAAGCUCUGGAGUUCACUGGGGAGAACCUUAAAAUGAUGAGCGGCAGCAGCCAGCCAGGGCCAGUGAAUGGCCUUGCUAAGAAGCUUGCCAAGUCCAUGAGUAGCUCUGACCGGGGCGGCCCUGCAGCUUUAGCUGCGGUCAAUGGAAGCAAGCCCGGACCCUCGGCGACCCCCGACACUGAGGCCUGUCCCUCGAAGGAGACCGAUUCUGGGGAUUUCAAAGCCAGUUCAUCCAAUUGCACUCUUCUGAAAGGGUGCAUUGCAGAGGAGCAGCCACCUGGGAACUUGCCUGCAAAUAACUCUGAUCAGUCUACUGCAGCAAACCAAUUGGACCUCGCAGCAGGGCAAGUAGAAGAUGUGGGAAACGGGAUAUCCACAGACCCCACAGUGAGUUCUGUUGAUUUGGAAAGUGCGGGUUGCAGUGGCAACAGCCAGGUAAAACCCACUCCCGCAUCCGACCCCAAUCCCUUCAGCACUUUGGACGCUGAGAUCCGUGCUAGGACCCUGCUGAACCAAAGCCGGCAAAGCGAGAUCGAGAACAGGGUCCAGCGGCUGCGCAAACGCCUGCAGGUGGUGCAAGCCAAGCAGGUGGAGAGGCAUGUUCAGCAGCAGCUGGGUGGGUUCCUGCAGACUAGCUUCAGCAAGCUGCCCAGUCUGGACUCCCUUCGCCAGCGCAGCCCCGCUGUACUCACCCGCAAAGCCGAGGCCGCCCUUCGUCGAGCGGCCAGUGAAACCAGCACUUCUGAUGGACUGAGCCACUUCCUGAAGAGCGGCUCUGUGCCCACGGAACUGGAGAGGCUCUCUCUGAGCGGGACGGCUAACCUGAGGGCAACAGAGCAGGCCUUCGACUCGGACAUCACAGACAGCAGCUCCGGGGGCGAGUCUGACAUUGAGGAGGAAGAACUGACCAAAGUGGACAUUGAGCAGCGACACAUCUCACUAUGGAGGAGGGCAGAAGGGAGGUAUGCCAUGGAGAGAGCUUCUAUUGUGAGCCACUGGAACUGGCUGCAGGCUCACAUCUCCGACUUGGAGUAUCGAAUCCGGCAGCAGACGGACAUCUACAGACAGAUCCGUACAAACAAGGGUUUGGUAGUCCUAGGAGAAGCUCCCCUUGCUGUGGAAGACGGUCUGGUGCUGAGGUCAGAGUCCGCGGGCUGCAGCCAGAUUGCACAGGACUACCAGUGCUCAGAAACCAUAGAAAACACGCCCUCCCUUCCAAGCCUUGCAGACGCGGUCCCCUUGAAAGCGUGCGUCACAGGCAGGCCAGUCAAUGGAGUUGUCAAUAGUCUCCACCCUGGUCUGUCUGAUCCUGGUUCUCCGGACAGCUCCGACACAGAGGAGUUGCUGAACAAGAAGCAGCGCAUAAACCUGCCCCCCACGCCUCCAGACAGCACUGGUGCUGCAGCCCGCACACGCCCCAUACUGAGCUGCAGGAAGCGAAGACUGGUCCGCCCCAGCAGCGUCAUGACUCUCAACAGAAAGGUUCAUAAAAGCUCAGUGAGUCGAGGCAGCUGCGACAUCAACCCUUCGUGUGUCAUGUGUGGUAAUCGGGCGUCCCCCUCCACAGAGUUUCAGUACGAGGCCCCACUUCUAGAAAGGCUCUCCCUGUUCGACCCCUGCAUUCACCCCAUCCUCUCAUUCCCCGAUGAUGUUUCCAUGAACCUGCACUUCCAGAGGACUUUGAAAUCACACUGGCAAAAUAAACCGCUGGAGAAAAUCAAACCCCCGAAAAAGCUCUCCCUCAAACACAAAAUAUCCAUGACCAGCAGACUGCCAGACCCCCCUUCCAAAGACAAACACAAACUUUCAAACUCUCUUCUUGCAGCAGUCCGACUCUCGCACCACAAAAUACGUCCUGAAAAGAUCCACAGGCAGCACCUUGACAAUGUACUGACUGUUUCACAACUGGAGAGGACACCAGUGUGCAAACCAGAGCGAACACAGACACUGACUCCCACCUCCUACGAUAAAAGCCACAGCAAGAAAAGGCAAAGGGAACACUCCAUCGAGAGGACAGAAGCAGCCCCAAGUUACUUCAUGGACACUGGAAGUCCAUGGUCUUCACUGGUGGGUCUGCACACGCCCACCCACAGUCCUCUGAUGAGACAGCUCUCCACAUCCUCUGAGAGCUCCACACCGAUAGCUACCAACAGCACACCGCAGCCAGUGCGGAGGCGAAGAGGAGAAAGUUCAUUUGAUAUUAACAAUAUUGUUAUUCCAAUGUCUGUUGCUGCCACAACUCGAGUUGAGAAACUCCAGUACAAGGAAAUCCUCACGCCAAGUUGGCGAGAAGUGGAUAUUUGUGCACAACCAAUAGCAGAAGAGGAUGACAAUGUGGAGAUUGAAGACCUGUCGGAUGCUGAAUUUGCCGUCCAGCAUUUAAAAUGCGAAGACCUGGAGCGCUCCAGGUGGACGUGGACUGCGACUGCUGCAGCACAGCGACGGGGGAGCAGGUCUUACAAAUCAUCAGACGGAAGGACGACUCCACUGCUGGGUGGUACAAACCCGUCCACACCACAACCUGCCUCGCCCGACACCGCGCAUUUCUACUCCCUUCAAGACUUUGGCCCCAUGCCCUCCCCGCACAGUCCUGCCAGCCCAGACGUGAUCUCAAACCCAUAUACUCCUGGUUCUCGGGACUCUCAUCGCCUGCAGUCCAGCGAAGACACACGCUGCUCCACGCCCGACUUUGAAGAAGUGACUGUCCAACCUUGGGAGAGGCGCACUUUUCCACUGUCGUCCGACCCAGUGAAUGAACCCGAGGACCAUUGUGAGCUACAGGACUGGCCCAUGCGAGGCAUUCGCCGGAUCUCUGGCAGCAGAUCCUUCAGCAAGGAUUCUGAGAACGAGCCGGCAUCGCCCGUAUCGGAGGAGAGCAAGCAGAGGCAUCAAACCGCACUGAAACCGUCUCACAGAUGAAUAAACAGAAGGACUCUUUUGGCAUUAAAGAUUCUGUUGUUUGAUAUUCAAACAUCAGUCAAAUUUCACAGUUUUUAGUGAACAUACAGAAUUUAGAAACCUGUUUUUAAACUUGUUUUCGUCACAAAAAAAAAAAAAACAUUGCAAACUAGGUCGCAGAUUUAGGAUGAACACAUGGGAUGGGACGUCUGGCAUCCUUUUCUAUUAUAUAUUAGGUGUACACGUAUAGGGCACUGUAUCAGACUUGAAGGGGUUUGGACAAUGUUCAGGAAAAGGGUGUUUUGUAUCAAUAGUUGAUGUCUGUGUCCCCAUGUAAGUUUAAAGUGGAGUGACAAUAAAACAACUUUCUUUUUUUCCCUUAAAGUGCAUUUUUGCUACGUUUCCUUUUAAGAGAGCUUCAACAAAUAAUGGACAUUCUUCUCUGCUCUUGUGUAGAACCGAUGUAAGAUUACUGAGCACUUCUUAGAUUAGGGACCGCAGUCUUUAUGACUAGUUGUGAACCUCACUGAAUCUAAAAUAUAAGUAGAGUGUAAAAUAGGUAUGUCUGGUGUACCUUCGCUCUGUUUUGGAUGUUAAAGCAUCAGCUGUAUCUUACUGCUCAAUAUUAUGCAAUGUUUACUUAAGUAUAGCUGUUUGUACUUCAGCAGUUUGUUUCUCAAUAAACAAAAUACAUAUUUCUGUUGA